AUGGCACCACCCGAACUGUCAGGCUCUGCAGCCUCUAGUACGACAGGGACUCCCGCUGGCUAUGGAAGAGCUUGCACUGCAUGUCAAAGAGCUAAAUGCAAGUGUAUCUUGAGAGCUUCUGGCCAGGAUUGUGAAAGAUGCCAUCGUCUUGGCAAGUCAUGUCAGCCAAUGGCAACCUCGCGAAAACGAGUUGCGAAAAAGUCAACGUCUUCUAGAACCGCUCAACUUGAAGAGAAACUUGAAGACCUCGUCACUAUUCUGCGCGCUUCUCAGCCGUCAAAUGGACAUUUGCACUCCGCAGGUCCCGGUGACUCCAGCCCCUUGAUGAACUCCUCCAACAUGGGUCACCUCACUAGCCGGUUAGAAUCACUAGCAACUGCUGCAGCUUCCUCUUCCUCCUCAGAAAGUUAUCCUCGUCCGUAUACUGUGCCUCCUAAUUAUGAUUCAAGAAGCACAGCCAAUACUCACCCCAAUACCUCCCCAUCCAGCAUUGGUGAAGAUCCCUCCACCUCGUUUGAUCCCACCCCAGAAGAGGCCGAAAUGUAUCUGGCAAAAUUCCAACAAUGGCUGAAGAACUUUCCUUGCAUGAUUUUACCACAUGAUAUAACAGCCGCGGCUCUCCGGAAAGAGAAGCCAUUCCUGUGGUUAUGUAUCAUGAACAUCACCUCUAUGUGUGUUGAGCAGCAGAUGAAGAUGAAAGAUCAAGUUCGCCAAGAAAUCGCCACGAGAAUUAUCAUAAACCAUGAGAGAUCUAUGGACUGCCUUCAGGGACUCAUAUGUUACAUUUCAUGGGCUGCCACCACUUCAAGUCCAGGCAGGCCGUUUAUCAUCACAUUUUGCCAAAUGGCUGUCCUACUUGCAUAUGAUCUUGGUCUUACCAAAGCCCCUGUUGAAGAACAGUACUUCACAAUAUGUUUCAAGAUGUGGGGAGGACGACCCCCUCCACCUCGGCUACGCACUCAAGAAGAAAGGCGAGCUGUUGUGUCACUGUGGUUUUUAACUUCAGUCAUGUCAUCAUUUGUCGGCAAGAUGGAUCCUCUUCAAUGGACACCACAUAUGAGUGAUUGCCUGGAAGCUCUCGAAAGAGACAAACUAUGUCCAUCUGACGAGCUUCUGGUCGCAUUUGUCAGGUAUCAGCUUGUCGCAGACGAGGCACAGAAACUACUCGUUCGGGAUGUUAUGGGCGAGUCAUCUUCGGCGCCCACGUAUGUUUUCAGAAGGAGUUUACUUGCCAAACUUCAAGCAGUCCGAGACGGAUUACCAGCGAAUAUGCCUAUAACCCCGGUUUUGCAAGCACAUUCGCUCGCGACAGAGGUUCAAAUCAACUCCGUCGGACUCUUUAUGCAAAACAUCCCAGUCAAUCAGCGAAUCGAAAGCAUGUAUUCUUGCCUUCAAGCAAUAAGAUCAUGGUACGACGUUUUCUUUGGCAUAUCUCCAGAAGAUGUUCCAGGAGCACCUUUUGCAAUCUAUAUCCAGCUGUCACAGGUUCAGAUCGCCCUCUAUCGACUUACUACUUCUGAGGAUCCUGCUUGGGACAAGGAGCUUGUCCGAAAUACAGCAGACUUACUUGUACUACUGGACCAAGUCGUUGAAUUCUUCACACGGCUGGAUUCUGUCUACAAGAUGAAAGCAAGUCAAGGUGAAGAAACGGUGUUUGUUAUGGGGGCUAAGAUUAUGAACAACAUUCGAAUUUCAUGGGAACCUACACUAUCACGGCACCUCAGAAAUGCAUCUUCGAUACCGACAAAUCAAGGAGCAGGUGCACCAGUGCCAACACCUCCUCCACCUUCAACGGUUCAGGCAUCCAUGGAGAUGGUGAACAUUAAUAUGAUCGAUUUUGGCGAUGUAACUUGGAUGGGCGACGUUUUUGGGCCAUGGGAGUUUUAG